AUGGGUGUAUACGAGGAAGCUAAGUUACGUCUAGGUGAUCUGCAAAAGAGAAUACAGCGUAUUCAUGAUGCCGGAUUGGAACUUUCGGAUCCAAAAGCUACGAAAACCAGUGUUACUAAAUUUAAAAUAAUGUACACUACUCUCGAGAACUUGCGAGAUGAUUUUGAAUUACAAAUAACAACGAUAAUUCGUCAUUUGAGCAAGAUUGGUUCAACUGCAGAGGAUGUCGUCACAGAUAAAAUACGCUCGGAGUUCGAAGAAGUGUAUUUUAAGUGUAAAAUAAUUGCAGAUGAAUUUUUACCUGAAGCGAAUUCAAAUGCAGAACUAAAUCAGACCUUUAUUGAACCAAGACGUAAGGAACCUACUUCCACCUUUUUACCGAUUGAAAAAUUAGCGAUUCCGAAAUUUAGAGGUGAUCCAAAAGAGUACACUAAUUUUCGUAAUCUGUUUGAUACUAUCAUACACGAAAAUGAACAUAUAAAAACAGUCGCUAAGUUCGGAUAUUUAAAAUUCUAUCUUGAAGGAGAGCCCUCAAAACUGGUAGGGAAUCUAAUGUUAACCGACCGUAAUUAUGAGUUAGCUUUGUCACAAUUGACAGCGAGAUAUUCAAACCGUCGUAUCAUCGCAGAAAGUCACUUAGAUGAACUUUCAAACGCACCUAAAGCAACUUUUAGUGACGGUACGUCUAUUAGGAACUUACUGAAUGUGGUUACAGAGUCUACGGGCGCCCUGGAAAAUCUGACCUAUCCAGUGGACCAAUGGGAUCCUGUGCUGCUGCACUUACUACAGAAGAAAUUGGACCAACCACUCAGAGCGCAAUGGGAGUUACUAGUUGAUACUACCGAAGAUCCAACCGUUAAGGAAUUUAUAACCUUUUUAACCAAGUAUUGCAAAUCUGCAACUGUGAGCCAAAUCAGUAAUGAAGUUGUGAAACCGUAUAUUAAAGGAUAUAAAUCGUCAAAACCAACCGUUAUGUUCAGUAGUCAGCAAGCACAAAAAACGGUAACUAAUAAGUUUCAGCGAUAUGACCAUGGUGAAAAAAAAAACGUUCUCAUGUCAAGUAUGCAACGAACAACCUGGUCAUCUUCUCAUUCACUGUUCUCAAUUCAAAGAGAAAAAUCCACAGGAACGUUACCAGAUAAUCAAAGAUUUAAAUCGAUGUUUUAUGUGCUUCAGCGAACACCUAGCCAACCAGUGUAA